AAUAAAUGCCACGCGGACGGAAGGUGGUAAUAACAAUUUCCGUUGACCUGAAGAUUUUAUUUAUACUGACAACUCAGCAAAAUUUUAAAUAGUUAUUUAUAUCUCUUACUUAUCAUCAAUUGAUUAAAUGGUUAGAUCAAAACAAGAUUGAUGUCAGUUUAAAAGAAAGAAAACAAAAACGUUAGAUCAAAUAUAAGUAUUUCAUUCAGGUGAUCUUUUAUAUAUUAAAAAGUAUCAUAUAAAUAAAACUAUUAUUAUGUAAAAAAGAGUUAUAAAUUGAGAACGGAGCAAAUUGAUUUGAACAUUUCCGUUUAAAUUUCUUGUAGUAUUAUUUGCUACUUGAUGGCGUUGAAGAUAUUAAUACAGACAAGUUCGUUUAUUAUCGCUCAUUUUUAUUUUUAAAUUAAUACUAGAGAGGAAAUUUUCUUUCUGUUAAUAUAACAUCAUUUUUAAUUGAGAUACUACAGUCUAAACGUUAUCAAUAAUGGACGACGUCGAACAGCAGUGCGAAGACGCACUUUUUGAAUUAUGUGAUGCUCGAGAACGGUAUCCGUCACGAUGUGCCGACGAACUUCAAAAAUCUAUCAAAUUAAAAAAUGAGAUAAAUAUGCUGAAGGUGUUUAAAAGAUCAACUGCAACAAAUGAACCAUUUAUUUUGAGUCAAAAUAAAUAUCUGAAUCUUGAUUUUAAUAAAAAUGAAAUGUGCCUUGACCAUUUAGAUUUUAAAUUACAAGAUGUUGUAAACAAGUUGAAUAAUUUAAAAGCUGUCAUGGAUCAAAUUGAACGAGAAAAGACAUGUUGGGUCAACAAGUUAUUGGAAAGCUAAAAUAAAUCAUUCUAGAUAGUGUCAUAUA